AUGGCCCUGCCUCUAGCUCCCCGACCCCCGGCCGCCGCUCCGCCGCCAAUCGGCCCCCGGCCCCUGGCUGCCGCUCCAUCGCUAGUCGGCCCCCGGCCUCCUCGCCACCAGUCGGCCCCCAGCCUCCCCGCCGCCUGUUGGCCCCCUGCCGGCACUAGCCUCCGGCCCCUUGUCGGCCUCCCUGCUGGUCCUCGGCCCUCGCCGCUACUCCGGCCAUCCCUGCUGCUCCCUGUUGGCACCUCGGCCUGUCGUCGGAAACUGCCACUCCGGCCACCUCAGCUGCCGCCUGGCCCAGCUCCUGCGCUGUCGCCCGGCCACCACGGCCUACCACUGUUGAAAACCACCGCUCAGCUCAGUCGUCAUCCAACCACCGGUGAGCCACCCAUCUGCCACCGCAGCACUGCUCCCUGGCCACCUCCACCCGAAUAG